GCCUUCGGCGGUAGCGUUCGUCAUCAUACAUUGAAGCCACACCAGCUCCUGUCUUGUGCAGACGCAAUACCAGCCGCGCCAGUUCACUGCAUAUGGUCACACAUAUCUCUGCGGGUUCAUGCUUAACACUGUUUUGCAGCACAGAUCAGUUCCUGCAAGCAACGUCACAGACUCGCCGUCAAUCCUGCUGUGCCACAUCUGGGUCCGAAUCUGCCAGCCAGUGCGUCACGCACUGCAGCCACCUGAUGACAUCCACUUGCCGCAUCCGACUAGGCGGCCCCAAUCUUGAAGCCAGACAACCACCACACGUGCUGAGAUUGUGCAGAGACAGAUGCAGCCCAUCAUAUACCUGGGCACUGUGGUCCCACAGAUCCUGCUCAUUGAUCCAGACGAGAAGUGUGUUUUGGUCCUUGGAGAAGCUCGAGGCGAAACAAGUCAUUGAACUCGGGGGUUUGCGGCAGUCACGCCGAGUUUCGCGAAAGUGGACAGUCCCCAAGCCGCAUAUAUCCGGGCCGAGGCGGCGUGGCGGCUUGAGCUUCGGAGAUACUGACACGGACGGGCCGCGGACAUUGAAAAACAGAAGUGGCAGAUCUAGAGUCGCCACUUCUGCGGCUUAACAAAAGUUUCAAGGUGCUACACAUAAGGCUAUGUGUAUGAUAAUGUAUGGUAAAUGUCACCCAGAAACACCAUUAGAACGUGCACACAUCCCACUAUCCAUUAUCCUGCUCCAAUCAUAGACUUGGCCUGCCAAACACAUCAUUCAAUCCGUCAACCGGCACUUAUCUCAUGGUUUCUUUCUCGUAUCCCGGUAGGGCAAAUGCUGCCUCGAUCUCAUCAAGUGAUGUGGAUUCAGGACCUGCAAGAUCAUCAUCAAUGUCCUAGAUCUAAAAUGCAAGUAGUGCCCAGUGCCCACGCAAAAUCGGCCUCUAGAUUGGCAGCUACAUCGACGUCGAUACCUGGCUGUGGACCGUCUGCUGUAUAUGUGUACA